UGUGUGUGUGUGUCCUCUCUCUGUGUCUCGGCUGCUCUCUGUGUGUCGGACUGUUUCUCUCCGGACUCUGAAGGACCAUGUCCCCGUCCCGCAGCAGGACUGUCUCCGCUCCUCCGCAGGGUGACCAGCUGACAUGAAGGACUGAAUUGUGAGGACGCAGCGCCCCCUGCUGGACCCCCGCCGCCGCCGCCGCCGCAGGCCAUGGCCGAGCCCAGCUACUCCGACCUGAUCGCCAAACACUACAACUACACCGGCAAGUUCCGCAAGACGCAGCAGGACUCGGGCCUGAAGGCGGACUCGGUGGUCUUCAUCAUCGUGUGCUGCUUCAUCAUCCUGGAGAACGUCCUGGUGCUGACGACCAUCUGGAGGACCAAGAAGUUCCACAAGCCCAUGUACUACUUCAUCGGGAACCUGGCGCUGUCCGACCUGCUGGCCGGCGUCGUCUACACCGCCAACAUCCUGCUGUCGGGCGCCAACACCUACAAGCUGACGCCGACGCAGUGGUUCUUCCGGGAGGGCAGCAUGUUCGUGGCGCUGGCGGCGUCCGUCUUCAGCCUGCUGGCCAUCGCCAUCGAGCGCCACCUCACCAUGCUGAAGAUGAAGCUGCACAACAACGGGAACACGUGCCGCGUCUUCCUGCUCAUCAGCACCGUGUGGAUGAUCGCCGCGGUGCUCGGCUUGCUGCCGGUGAUGGGCUGGAACUGCAUCCGCAGCAUGACGGCGUGCUCCACCGUGCUGCCGCUCUACCACAAGACCUACAUCCUGUUCUGCACCACCGUGUUCAGCAUCAUCCUCAUGGCCAUCGUGGCGCUCUACGCACGCAUCUACGUGCUGGUGCGCACGCGCAGCCGCAAGCUCGUCUUCCGCAAGGUGACCAACGGCCGCGGCAACGCCGGCGCCAACAUCAAGAGCUCGGAGAAGUCGAUGGCGCUGCUGAAGACCGUCAUCAUCGUGCUGAGCUGCUUCAUCGCCUGCUGGGCGCCGCUCUUCAUCCUGCUGCUGCUGGACGCCGCCUGCGAGACGCUCAGCUGCCCGAUCCUCUACAAGGCCGAGUGGUUCCUGGCGCUCGCCGUCCUCAACUCGGCCAUGAACCCGCUCAUCUACACGCUGACCAGCAACGAGAUGCGCCGCGCCUUCCUCAAGACGCUGCUGUGCUGCACCGCCUGCCUCCGGCCCAACGCCAAGUUCUCCGGGCCGAUCAUGGGGGCCGAGUUCAGCCGCAGCAAGUCCGAUAACUCGUCCCACCCCAACAAGGACGAGGCGGAGUACUCGCCGAGGGAGACGACGACGACGGCGGCGGCGUCCUCGGGGAACGUCACCUCGUCGUCCUAAACGAGUCGUAGCGAGUCAGACGUAGAGUUUGUUUUUGUACAGGAAGCAGCCGUGAACGGCGCCGAGCGGCGUCGUCACGGCCCGAACUGAACCUUCAGCCAAUCAGGACUCAGCACUUAUGGAGACUCUCAGACUGGUUCGACUGGGACCAGAGACCCCCGAGUCAGGUCGCACUUUGUAAGACGCUCACACCUGUAAAGAGUCAUCGAGUCACAUCGAGUCAGAAUGGCUCAAUAAAAUACCUGUAACGAGUCAUCAAGUCACAUCGAGUCAGAAUGGCUCAAUAAAACACCUGUAACAAGUCAUCGAGUCAUCGAGUCAGGACGAAUCAGAACGAGUCAGUAAACGAGUCACAUUGAGUCAGAAUGGCUCAAUAAAACACCUGUAAGAAGUCAUCGAGUCAUCGAGUCAGGACGAAUCAGAACGAAUCAGAACGAGUCAGUAAACACCUGUAACAAGUCAUUGAGUCAGAAUGGCUCAAUAAAACACCUGUAAAAAGUCAUCGAGUCAGAAAGAAUCAGAACGAGUCAGUAAACACCUGUAACGAGUCAUUGAGUCAGAACAAAUCAGAACGAGUCAGGUAACACCUGUAACUAGACAUCAAAUCAGAACACUUCUCGAGUCAGUUAACACCAGUAACAAGUCAGAACGAGUCAGAAUGAGUCAGUUAACACCUGUAAUGAGUCAGAAAAAGUCAGAAUGAGUCAGUUAACACCUGUAACGAGUCAGAAUGAGUCAGUAAACACCUGUAAUGAGUCACAAUGAGUCAGUUAACACCUGUAACAAGUCAGAACAAGUCAGUAACCACCUGUAACAAGUCUGAAUGAGUCAGGUAAUACCUGUAAUGUGUCCUCAAGUCAGAUCGAGUUAGAACACCUGAAACGAGUCUGAACGAGUCAGUAAACAUCUGUUACGAGUCUGGUAUUGAUCGGUAUCGGUGCUGAUCAGGUGUGAGCCUGUUAUAAAGUUAUUGAUCGUAUUGGUGCUGAUCAAGUGUGAGCCUGUUAUCAAGUUAUUGAUCGGUAUCGAUGCUGAUCCGGUGUGAGCCUGUUAUAAAGUUAUUGAUCGUAUCAGUGCUGAUCAGGUGUGAGCCUGUUAUGAAGUUAUUGAUCGAUAUCUGUGCUGAUCAGGUGUGAGCCUGUUAUGAAGUUAUUGAUCGCAGUAGAAGAAGAAUCAGACGUCGUACUGACCCUCUAAUUAGACGAGUAGUUUCAGCAGCUGUCGAAUAUUUAAGAUACAAAUGAAUUAAUUUUCCUUUAAAAAUACUUCACAUGUGAAAAAUCACAUGAAUUCAGAGAUCAGCAGUUUUUCAUACAUCAUUAAAAUUUUAAAAUGAAGGAAAACAUCUGAACGAUAAAGUGGCGUGUUCUAUCCAGAAGAAGAAAAAAACAUUAUUGAUCCUUACAGGUUGAGAUUAUUGAUCUCGCUGCCGUUUUUAAUAUUUAUUACCUUUAAUGUUAAAUCUGAGAAACAGCAGAACUUUGAAUUCAUGUGUUUUUGUGACGAAUCUGUAAAAUGUAACUGUAAAAGUGAUAUUUUAUAAUAACCAGCAUUAAUAAGCGGUUAAUUAAUAGGUCAUUAAACUUUAGUUAAUGUUUAUUUUACUGUUUAACAAUUGAAUGAUGAUCAAUAAUGUUUAAUAAUUAUUUGUAUCAUAUAUUUUAUUUUAACAGUUUAUUAUUGCACAUAUUAUUACAUUUUUAUAUACCAUAUUAAGCAUUUAUGAGUUAAUAAGACAUUCAUAUUUGGAUGGUUAUUAUAAAAUUACAACUGGUGAUUAUAAUAAUUAUUUUAAUGAUUAAAAAGUGGUUUAUAAAGUAAAAUUAAUUUUAUUUUAGUACAUCUUUUAUUGGUGAAUUAUAAAACUGAUUAUUCACAGUUAAUAUCCAUCAAAAUAAUGUUUAUAGAUGCUUUUUAAAGCAUUUAUUAACAGUUUAUUAUAAUCAUCAGGUGCAACUUUAUAAUAAAGAUCAAAAUAAUGUUUACAGUUGUUUUACAAAUUAAUAACAAAUAUUUAAUAUAGUAUACAAAUGUUAAAAUGUGCAACAAUAAUCUGUUAAAUAUAAAUUAUAGCGUCAUUUAUCAUUAUUAAACAUUAUUAGUUAUUAUAUGAUUGUUUGUUAACGGUAAAAUAAAUAUUAAUUAAAGUUUAAUAACCAUUUAUUAAUGAUAGUUAUUAUGAAGUGUUACCUGUAAAAGUUGUAGAAACUGUUGUUCAGAAUGUAUUUUCUACUUCCUGUCCGUGUUGUUAUUGUUGUUUUUGUUGUUGUUGUCGUCGUCAGUAGUGACGUCAGUGUAGCCGAAUUAAUUUAUAUUUGAAUGCAGGAAGAAAAAACAUUUUGUUUGUCAAAUAAACAAAAGCUUGUUCAGUCUCAGAAGUACGGAAGCUCAAUUCUGCCAAAAAAUUAAAUUAAUUGUGAAAUACAUUUUUAUUUAAUAAAAAAAAGUUUUUUUUCAUUAAUUGUUAAUUUUAUAUUUCAAAUGAUAGGAAAGCUUGUUUUUUUUUAGACAUUAAAAUCUAAGUAAGUAUCGAUGUUUAUUUUUGAGGAAAAAUUAAUCUCAGUUCUGGCGCUUUUUAUUAUAUCACAUGAGCUUCAUUAGCAGAUUUUUAAGUCAUUAAUAAACUUUUAGGUCUUUUAAACAACACGGAGGCGUAAAAUAAUGAAACGUCAACAUUUACAGUUUAACAACAGCUGGAUGAAGGAUUGUGUGUUUUACUUUCUGCUUUCUGCUUCGUCACUUUUGGCAGCAAUGAGCUUCCGUAAAGAUCGGACUCUGUUACUCUGCAACCAUUUCCAUCUUCUAUCAGGAGCUGAUCGAGUUAUCCUUUAAUUCAAACUGUCUGUCUGUCUGUCUGUCUGUCUGUCUGUCUGUCUGUCUGCACUGUUUAACUCCUGAAUGUUGGUUUGUUAGCGUUUAAUAAAGACAGAAAUAGAAACACA